AUGCAAUUCCAGCACCUCACCACUCUGCUCACCUUCGCAGGUGCAGCCCUGGCUCUCCCGACCGCCACCACGCCCAGCAAGGCCCUGGGCAAGCGCGAGGCCACCCAAGUCCUGUUGGACAUCAUGCCCAAGUCCAGCUCGUGCGACGGUCGAGGCGACGAGUGCCGCACCGCCACCCAGGCCGCCUCCCACCUCGUCCAGGCCAUGACCAAGUACAACACCACCGCACCCAUGGAGCAGGCGGGCAUCCUGUCCCUCAUAGCGUACGAGUCCCUGGAGAUGCAGUACAAGAAGAACCUCAACAACGCCGCCGCCGGGCAAGGCACUAGCAACAUGCAGAUGGGCAACUACAACGUCCAGUACGCCAACAGCAUCCCCGAGCUGGCGGCCAAGAGCCCCACCGAGUCCACCGUGCUCGACCUGGUCACGGCCGACGAGUACAACUUCGGCACGGGCCCCUGGUUCUACGCGACCCAGUGCGAGACCGCCCACGCCGCCACCAGCGGCAAGCCGGACGACUGGUUCCAGGCGUACAUGAGCUGCGUGGGAGUCAGCACGGGUUCCCAGCCCGAACGCCUGACGUACUGGAACAGUGCGAAGACUGCAUUUUCCCUUGCCUGA